UGGCUCAUUCCCAUGACAGGUUUUCCUGUUUAUCCCCCUGAUCUUGAGAAGCUGGAUGUAACUGGCACGAUAGGCGUAUAUUAAGAGUUGCAUGAUUGUAUUCACAGUCAGAAGCAAAAUAUCACCAUGAAGGUUGUGGUACUUCUCGCUCUAUUUGUUGUUGCAACUGGAGGUUAUGAGUGUCCCAUGCACUCUGUGCCCUACCAGGUCUCUCUGCGUGCUGGAGGCCACUACUGUAGUGGAUCCCUGAUCUCCAGCCAGUGGGUCCUGUCUGCUGGUCAGUGCGCCACCUCUUGGCCCAAAGUCUGCCUUGGUGAGCACAGCUUCAGUGUAGAUGAGGGCACUGAGGAGUGCAUUUAUUCUGAAAAGACUUUCUUGCACCCGGAUUUCAACAUCGACACCAUGGACAACAGCAUCGUGCUGUUCAAACUGAGUCGUCCCGCCACCCUCAACAGCUACGUCAAGACUGUAUCCCUGCCCUCUCUAUGCCCUGUGGCUAAUGAGGACUGCAUGCAGUCUGGAUGGGGCAAGGCGUUGUCUAACGGCACCUACUACCCCAGCAAUCUUCAGUGCCGGAGGCAGCCCAUCGUUGAUGACGCAAUCUGCAGGAACCUUAUCACUACCGUCCCCGAGGUCACUGAGAACAUGGUCUGUGCUGGAUCCGUGCAUGGAGACGGCAAUGACUGCCCAGCAGAUGCUGGCGGACCUCUGGUGUGUAACAACGAGCUGCAGGGAGUAGUGUCCAUUUCUGUUGACUGCUUCAAUGGAAACCCCACUCUUUAUACCCGCGUGUGCCGCUACGUCAGCUGGAUCAACAGCAUCAUGAGCAGCAACUAAACUGAGCAAGAGUCACUCACAGGCCCAUAUAAAAACUGACAUUCAGUCAGUGCUCAUACUCAUUUUAUUCAGAGCAUCCUGUAUCACUUAUAUGUGCUCAGUAAUACCAUUCUGCAAACACAAAGUUAGAAAAUGAAUAAAAAUGUGCAUGAGAA